AUGGAGGAGAGUUGUCCAAUAUGCUUCAAGGCGUUCCCAGUGAAGUUCCUAGAGCGGCACGUCAACUCAUGUCUUGACACUGUGGAAAGUCUGCCAAGUGCCGAGCCCCCGAGACUGGAGAGUGCUCUGGAUGGAGUGGAAGAGUUAUCAAUCGCUAAGACUACCGAUAAGGUCAAUGCUUUCGCUGCUUUAGGUCUAAAGGCUGAUUCCAAAAAGUCAGAUAAAGGAACCAAAAAGGAUGGAGCCAAACUUACUAGUAUUUUGAUCGCGGAGCGUAAACUAAAAAGAAAACAAGAAGAAUUGGAGAGAUCAAUCAAGAGGAAAGCUUUGGAAUUGCAAUCCCUGAAAUCGCCCGCAAAAGAGUUAGCCAAUGUGAUUGUCACUGAAACGCAAUCCUCAGGACCUACACAAUCCAGGAACUUGCAACAAACGGUCCCUUCAAGUCCAAAGGAGUCUCAGGAGAUUCCAAAUACUCAAAGUUCUCCAAUUUCAUCUACACAGAAGUCUGAGGCACUCCGACGCAGUCAGGAACUCAUGCAGUUUAAACGAGAAGCAGAGCUUCCCUUGGCUCAAAGACUACGACCAAAGACGCUCGAUGAUUUCUACGGACAAGAGAAGCUAGUUGGUCCAGAUGGGAUCUUGACAAACAUUAUGCACGCAGAGCAAAUGCCAUCGUUCAUAUUAUGGGGAGUUCCUGGGGUUGGCAAGACUUCUCUUGCCAGAAUUAUAGCAUCUUCGUCAAACUACCGGUUCGUCGAGCUUUCUGGAUCAGAGAGCAACACAAAGAAGUUGAAGGAGGAGUUUGCCAAUGCUAUCAAUGAAAAGAAUCUAUCAGGGAAUAAGACUCUCUUGUUCUUAGACGAGAUUCACAGGUAUAACAAAGCCGUUCAAGACUUAUUACUUCCUGUUAUAGAAAAGGGCGUGGUGACUGUUAUUGGUGCCACCACAGAGAAUCCAUCAUUCACCUUGAAUAACGCGUUACUUUCUAGAAUGCAUACCUUUGUCAUGGAGCCAUUAUCCCAAGAUGCGCUCGUCAAGAUUCUUAACAAAGGAUUGUUACUUGUGAACAAGACAAGAAAGUUUCUCCAUCGUUUGCAUCUUAUUGCAAUGAACAAGGAGGCUAUUGAUUAUAUCGCCAAAUUGAGCACUGGAGACUCGAGGGUUGCACUAAAUAUAUUAGAGUCUGUGAAUGCUUACUUGUCUGGAUUGAGGUUCAGAGCAUUUUCCGAUAAAGAACCGGAAAAAGAGACAAUAGAAUUACCAGCGAAAACAGGUAUCAUCAAGAUUAACUUAGAAAACUUGAAACCUUUGUUGAGCACGAGAAACUUUCACCAGAUGUACGACAAGGUGGGCGAGAAUCAUUACGAUACCAUAAGCGCGUUUCACAAGUCAGUCAGAGGAUCCAAUGCAGACGCUGCUGUGUUUUAUUUGGUCAAGAUGCUCAGUGGAGGAGAGGACCCACUCUUCAUCGCACGAAGAAUGAUUGUAAUUGCCAGUGAAGAUGUGGGACUUCGUGAUUCCUCGUGUCUUCCUUUUGCUAUCUCGGCUAUGGAAGCAAUUCAAUUUGUGGGAAUGCCAGAAGGUGAAAUCAUUCUAGCGCAUUGUGCUGUGAAAUUGGCAAGAGCUCCUAAGUCAACCAAGUCAUACCGUGCAUUGCGAAAUGCCCAGAGCCUUUUGAAAGAAAACCCAGAUUUUCGGAAGCUUCCAAUUCCUCUCCACUUGAGAAACGCUCCCACACAAUUAAUGAAAGAACUUGGUUACGGUGACACUUACAAGUAUAAUCCAACAUUCAAGCAUGGACUUAUUAAUCAAACCUUCAUGCCCGCAGAGGUGAAUGACAUUAAAUUCGUUGAAGAUACACACUUGGGAAGUGUCAUUGAUGAUGAGGUCAAGCAAGAUAAAUAUGACAAGGCAGAUGAGGUUGUCAAAGAUUACAAGGACUUCAAGGUAUUCCAAAGAGAUCAAAUUAGACAGGAGAGUGCAAAACGGAGGAAGGUGUCUCUCCAGAAGACCAGACAGCUCAUUGAUCAUUCCAACAAUGACGUGGAAAGGAUGUCUAGCUACGAUGAAAACCUUCCGAAGGACUACCAACCUGAUUACUUCGAUGGUAGCGAACGAGAUAAGUAUUCGGACGAAUCGGAUAGUAACAAUAAUUUCGAGUGCUCUUACGAUGAGUUUAUGAGUGAAUCUUACAUUGGACCUGAUGAGGCGGAUUACCCUAUCAAUAACUGA